AACAGCCCACACAUAACUUCAGCUCUAAGUCACGCCACGCGUCACUCAUCGUUCCCACCUCUCCACAGAUCCAAUUUCCAAACACAAGCAGCCGAUCCCAGCCUCCAUAUCACCACCACAAGCACCGCCUUCAUGUCCACCUCCGGCCACCCCUCCAUACAUAUAACUAUAUAUCUGCAUAGGCAUAUGGAUAGGUCACGGCUUUAAUAGGAUUAGCAAUUGAGGCUGAGUUGAGAUUAUUUAAAGAGUUUCAUUUUCAAUAAUCUCUCUCUCUCUCUCUCUCUCUCUCUCUCUCUACAUCGACUCGUAUAUAUAUAUAUACGUCGAUGUUGAGGCGUAGAAAGGGCUCUGAACCAAAGAAAGCUUCGAAUUGGGAGCCUGAGGAUGAGAAGAGAGAGGAAGAGGGGGAUGAGAAGUCAAAGAAGAGUAAAGUUGAGGUAGAGAGAGGGAGAAAAUUGAAGAAGAAAUGGAGUUGCUUGGAUAGUUGUUGUUGGUUCAUAGGGUUUAUAUGCUCUGUUUGGUGGUUUUUGCUGUUUUUGUACAAUGCGAUGCCUGCUUCGUUCCCUCAGUACGUGACGGAGGCGAUCACGGGGCCUUUGCCUGAUCCGCCGGGGCUGAAGUUGCUGAAAGAAGGUUUAACGGCCAAGCACCCUGUCGUCUUUGUCCCCGGCAUCGUCACCGGCGGCUUGGAGCUCUGGGAAGGCCACCAAUGUGCCGAAGGUUUGUUCAGGAAGAGGCUUUGGGGUGGCACAUUUGGGGAAGUCUAUAAAAGACCCUUAUGCUGGGUUGAACAUAUGUCACUGGAUAAUGAAACUGGAUUGGACCCUUCUGGUGUAAGAAUUAGGCCUGUAUCCGGUCUUGUGGCAGCUGAUUACUUUGCACCGGGUUAUUUUGUGUGGGCAGUUCUAAUUGCAAACUUGGCACGCAUAGGAUAUGAGGAGAAAAACAUGUAUAUGGCUGCAUACGAUUGGAGGAUCUCAUUUCAGAAUACUGAGGUACGUGACCAAAGUCUUAGCAGGAUUAAAAGUAAUAUAGAACUCAUGGUUGCGACCAGUGGUGGGAGAAAGGUGGUUGUAAUUCCACAUUCAAUGGGUGUUCUGUACUUCUUGCAUUUUAUGAAAUGGGUUGAAGCACCAGCUCCAAUGGGUGGUGGGGGUGGAUCAGGUUGGUGUGAUAAACAUAUAAAGGCGGUAAUGAAUAUUGGUGGACCAUUUUUAGGCGUUCCAAAAGCAGUCUCUGGAUUAUUCUCUGCUGAAGCAAAGGAUAUAGCUGUUGCCAGGGCUAUUGCACCAGGUGUUUUGGAUAUGGAUGUAUUUGGUUUGCAAACUUUGCAGCAUGUGAUGCGGAUGACACGUACAUGGGAUUCAACCAUGUCAAUGAUUCCGAAAGGUGGAGACACUAUCUGGGGUGGCCUUGAUUGGUCACCUGAGGAAGGCUAUGAGUGUACUGCCAAGAAAAUGAAGAACAAUGACACUCAGACAGUGGGCCAAAAUGGAAAAGGGAGUUUAAUUAAUACCACACAUGUGCAUUAUGGGAGAAUAAUAUCAUUUGGGAAGGAUGUAGCUGAGGCGCAAUCAUCAGAAAUUGAGAGGAUGGAUUUCAGGGGUGCUGUUAAGGGCAAUAACCUUGCGAACACAACAUGCCGUGAUGUAUGGACCGAGUACCAUGAUAUGGGCAUAGGGGGCAUCAAAGCUGUUGCAGAUUACAAAGUUUACACAGCUGGAUCAAUACUGGAUCUGCUUCAGUUUGUUGCCCCAAAGAUGAUGAAGCGUGGCAGUGCUCAUUUUUCUUACGGAAUUGCUGACAAUUUGGAUGACAAAAAAUAUGAACAUUACAGAUAUUGGUCAAAUCCCUUAGAAACAAAAUUACCAAAUGCUCCUGACAUGGAGAUUUUCUCCAUGUAUGGAGUUGGAAUCCCCACUGAAAGGGCAUAUGUUUAUAAGUUAAGUUCUGCUGCUGAGUGUUACAUUCCAUUUCAGAUUGAUACCUCAGCAGAGGGUGGACCUGGCUGCACUUGUCUAAAGGGUGGCGUUUUUUCCGUUGACGGAGACGAAACAGUUCCUGUCCUGAGUGCAGGUUUUAUGUCUGCAAAAGGUUGGCGUGGAAAGACCCGAUUCAAUCCUUCAGGCAUUGGUACUUACAUAAGGGAAUAUAAUCAUGCCCCCCCAGCUAAUCUUUUGGAAGGUCGGGGAACCCAGAGUGGUGCUCAUGUCGAUAUAAUGGGGAAUUUUGCACUAAUUGAAGAUAUUAUUAGAGUGGCAGCGGGAGCUACAGGAGUAGACUUGGGAGGAGAUCAAGUUUACUCUGAAAUCUUCAAAUGGUCUGAAAGGAUCAACUUACAACUCUAGAUCUCAUUGAUUCUUGUUCAUGUGGAGCCUUGGGCGUCAAGGCACAACUGAAGGCGAUGGUUUUGUGGUGUGAAUUUGUGCUCAAAUUCAAAACUGAGAAAUCAAGGAUCAACUGCUGGCAGAGGUGUCAAGAUAUCUGGCUGUUGUGUACUUGUAUUUUAAUUUUUAUUGAUAUGGGAAGCAUGAAAAUUGGCAUCCAAUGUAACGUAUCCUCUAUCCAAGUCUUUCUACUUUUAGGGUGCUUAAUUUCAAAUUUCCCAGAAAUUUUGAAUAUUCAAUUAUUUUUGUAAAGCUGUAAGUAAUGAAAAUUUUAUGUUAAAGUUUA